GGGAUGUGUUUGCAGGAUGAUUUGUUAGUGUGCGUAUAGUGUGAGUGUGUGCACGCUAUUGGUGAAGGAUGCUUAUUUAGCGUGUGUUGGGGAAACAGGUGUAUUUAUUGAUGGUGUAUGUAGGUGCGUUAUUUGCCGGGAGAUGCCUGUGGAAAUCUGGUGUUACCCUUAUGGUGGUGGGGAGGAAAAGACUUUUUGCUUCAGUUUUCUAACCCCUGCCUCUAAACGUUGCCACAGAGUCACUGGAUGGAGAAUUAACUCCCCCCGACCUCAUUUUUUUUUAAUGUGGCUUCUGUCGUUUGCUGGCUGUACCCCAUUGUGCCUCAGUCUGCAGCUGUUUGUGAGACCUUUUGUGUGUGGCUUGGUAGCUUUCUUCCUCCACCUCUUUGGAAUUAUUUUUUAAAAUUUUUUUAUAGCAACCUGGAUUCAUCUGAUCUGGGGAGGUGGGGUUUUCCUGGUUAAAAACAAUUUCCUUUCGCGUAGAUUUAUUUUGGGGGUGGAGGAAGUGGAUUGCAAUUCCCUGCUCAGCUGAUCUGUGAAACGAAAUACCAGUUUAUGAAUGGCUGCUUAGAACCGUUCUUUGUAACUGUACCUUCCUCUUGUAAUUUAUACCGUGCUCCCAAGCGAGGGUUUGUGUAGGGGAUCCCUGCUAGAUUUUUAGGGGACAGGGAUUUGUGGGAACGAGGCUUGCUUUACAGUUAAGCUGUGUCGUAACGCAGAAAAGAAAUUGAGCUGUCUAUUCCUUGCUUCUGCAUAAAAGAUUUAAAGUGCCAGGCGUUCUCCUUUAUUCACGCAGUGAUAUUUGUCUUACGUGAUUGCUUUUGAGUUGUUCUUUUUUUAUUUUAUUUUUUGAUCCCUUAAGUUGUGCAAGUCAUGUCCUGUUUUUUUUCUUUAAAAAAAAGCCUGCUUCACUGAUUGAGUCCAUCAUUGUGGUCCCCCGUUUUAUUUCUUGUUGCCAGUGGUGAGUUCAGGACAACACAGAUGUCAGUAUCUGGGUCAUGUUAGUGACGACGAAAUCUCCCACGGCUUGGAAUUUCGGUUGCUUGGUAGCCGCCGGCCUUGGAAAGACGCAGCGGGAAGCCAGGAAGGUUGCUAUGGGGAUGCUCUGAGAGGAAGUAAGUCCUAGUAACGUCGUGCCGGCUGUGAGGAGGGAGGACACAGGCGAAAGGUACCAAUGGCUACAGAUUCCGGUGAGCCGGCCAGCACGGAAGAUCCAGAAAAACCUGAUGGAGUUUCUCUGGACGGCAGGAUCCCGACCAUCGAAGCUGCUUUGAUCAUGGAGCCCGCCGGCGCCCGGCCUCCGGGGGGUGCCAUGGAACGGAAGCGGUUCUUCCGGAAGAGCGUGGAGAUCAUGGAGGAGGACAGAACCGCUGAACCAUCUCCCAGGGAUGAGCGGGAGCAGCUGGUUGCGGGCGGUCGCCGAGGGGACCAGCUCUCUGCCAGUGUGCUGGGGCAGGAGGCCAGGAAUGAGUUGGGUUCUAAGGCGAUUUCAGAGGCCUCCAAGGAGAAGACCAAGAAGGAGAUCGAAGAGGAGGCGGAGAUGAAAGCAGUGGCCACCUCGCCCAGCGGCCGCUUCCUGAAGUUUGAUAUCGAGUUGGGCCGAGGGGCCUUUAAAACUGUCUUCAAAGGGCUUGACACAGAGACGUGGGUUGAGGUAGCCUGGUGUGAACUGCAGGACAGGAAGCUAACCAAAGCAGAACAGCAGAGGUUUAAGGAAGAAGCAGAGAUGCUAAAAGGCCUACAGCAUCCGAACAUCGUCCGGUUUUAUGAUUCCUGGGAGUCCACGGUGAAGGGGAAGAAAUGCAUUGUGUUAGUCACUGAGCUGAUGACUUCUGGCACCUUAAAGACGUACUUAAAGCGAUUCAAAGUCAUGAAACCAAAGGUCCUGAGGAGCUGGUGCCGACAGAUCUUGAAAGGCUUGCAGUUCCUCCACACCCGGACCCCGCCCAUCAUCCACCGGGACUUGAAAUGCGACAACAUCUUUAUCACGGGACCCACGGGUUCAGUGAAGAUCGGCGACCUGGGCCUGGCAACCUUGAUGCGCACGUCAUUUGCUAAGAGCGUCAUUGGCACCCCCGAGUUCAUGGCCCCCGAGAUGUAUGAAGAGCAUUACGAUGAGUCGGUGGACGUGUAUGCUUUCGGGAUGUGCAUGCUGGAAAUGGCCACUUCCGAGUACCCCUACUCUGAGUGCCAGAACGCUGCCCAGAUCUAUCGCAAAGUCACCAGCGGCAUUAAACCCGCCAGUUUCAACAAGGUGACUGACCCGGAGGUGAAAGAGAUCAUUGAGGGGUGCAUCCGGCAGAACAAAUCUGAAAGGUUGUCCAUCAAAGACCUUUUGAACCAUGCCUUCUUUGCGGAGGACACGGGGCUGCGGGUGGAGCUGGCGGAGGACGAUGACGGGCUGAGCUCUUCUUUGGCCUUGAGGCUGUGGGUGGAAGACCCCAAGAAACUGAAGGGGAAGCACAAGGACAACGAAGCCAUCGAGUUCAGUUUCAACCUGGAGUCGGAUGUCCCCGAAGAAGUGGCGUGCGAGAUGGUGAAAUCCGGAUUCUUCCACGAAAGCGACUCCAAAGCUGUGGCCAAGUCCAUCCGGGACCGUGUGGCCCUGAUCAAGAAGACCCGAGAGCGGCGGCAAGCCGGCUGCCUGGAGGAACAGAGGGAAGCCCAGUGCAAGGCAGCUGGUGGGGCCCUGCUGCCCCAGGGCGUCUCGCUGACUGGCCCGUCCCCACCGGCGGGUGCCGAGUGGGAGGAGACGGAGGUGGACCAGCACGUCCGGCAGCAGCUGCUGCAGCAGACUCAGCACCAGUCUUCCUUGGCAGCCGAGAGCCUGUCGGAGAAGAGUGCUGGGUCAGUGAUUCUAUCGGAUGCCUCCAGACAGCACAGCCUGCCCUACACGGAGCAGGUGAUGGGCUGCCCUCCACAGGCCUCUAUCCCCCCACCGGUGGAAGCCGGCCUUCAGGGACACCUCUACCCAUCGCAGCCGGUGAUGGGACACUAUCAGCAGAUUGCUGGGCAGGUGCAGCAGCAGAACCUGGGCCACCUGCAGAUCUUACCCCCAGCUCUACCCACCCCCAGCUUGGCUCCACCGGCAGCUCCCCAGCCCCAGGUGUCACCUGGCGCGGUCCCGCAGUUCACGCCGAUAAUGCACCUCGAGUCACAACUGCCCUACGGGGCUGAGGGGCAGGUGCUGGAGCCAUCAGUCAUGGCGGUGUCCCAGGCCAUCCUGACAGCUGCCUCUCCCCAGGCCAUGCCGGCAGCCAGCGCGCAGCUGGACUCCACCACCAGGACCGGGAGUCAGAUGGCCACCACCACUGCAGCUGAGGUCGACCCGGCUUCUGGCUUCCUGACCCUCGGUCACAGCCUGGCACCGCAGAACCAGCCCUCGGCCCAGUUUGUUGGCAACAUGCAGGGGAUGGCCCAGCUCCUGCCUGCUUCCUUGGCUGGGCAGCCUGGGGCGCCCAUGCAGCAGCCGCAGCAGGUGGCAUCGAUGCAGCCGCUCCAGCAGGUUCCUGCCAUGCAGCAGCCCCAGCAGGUGGUGUCCAUGCAGCAACCGCAGCAAAUUCCUCAGCAAACUGUACCCAUGCAGCAGAUUCCAGCCAUGCAGCAACUGCAGCAAGUUGCAUCGAUGCAGCAGGUUCCUGCCAUGCAGCAGUCCCAGCAGGUGAUGUCCAUGCAGCAGCCACAGCAAAUUCCUCAACAGACUGCACCGAUGCAGCAGAUUCCUGCCAUGCAGCAGCCGCAGCAGAUUCCUGCCAUGCAGCAGCCGCAGCAGGCUGCAUCAAUGCAGCAACCCCAGCCGGUUGCGCCCAUGCAGCAGCCCCAACAGGUUCCCGCCAUGCAGCAGCCGCAGCAAAUUCCUCAACAGACUGCGCCCAUGCAGCAGUCACAGCAGGUUGCAUCGAUGCAGCAACCCCAGCCGGUUGCACCCAUGCAGCAGCCCCAACAGGUUCCCGCCAUGCAGCCGCCCCAGCAGUAUGCUGUGAUGCAGCCAGACUCCUUACUGCAGCCUUCCCUGGCCCAGCCAGCGCAGCCCAUGCAGUUGCAGCUGCCGGGUUACCCGCCCCCUCAGCAGCCGCAGUUUGUGCUGCACACAGGCACCCUAGAGCAGCCGCAGGGGCUGCUGGUGCAGGAGACAGACCAGCAGGUGGAAUGCAUGUGUCCUGUCCCGGCCCCAGAGCAGCUGGCUUACCCGCUGCAGGCCCCGCACCGGCUGCAGCCAGCAUAUCCCCUGCAGGGUCCUUACACUGACCAGCCCCCCUGCCCAGCCCAGCCGGCAGAGCCGGUGGUGUAUGCGUACCCGGAGCUGCCGGGGUACCCGGUUCAGCCCCUCUACCCGGGGCAGCCUCCGUACCGGGUGGAGCAGGUGACGUUUCUGAGCCAGCUGGCAGAUCCGCAGCAGCCAGCCUUUGUGCCGUCUCCUGGGGCGCUGAGCCAGGAGGCUAGCACAGAGCAGAUGCCCGUGGCGCUCUCCCAGCAGGACAGCAGCGGCUUGGGGUACCCCCUGGCGCAAGGGCCGGGCGAAGGGCAACAGACAGCGCCGCCGGCGGUCCCGUUCCUCCCGCCGCAGCCCUCCACUUUUGCGCCUCCCGCGAUGCAGCCGCUACCUCAGCAGGCUUCUCUCCAGCCACAGCCGCUCCUGGCCACGGUCCCCACCUUGCUCCAGCCCCUGUCGCCCAGGCCAGAGCAGCUGCAGCCGCCCUCCUCAGAACAAGCCUAUGGAGUGCAGCAGGCAGCGGUGCACGUCCCCGAGCAGCCAGCCUACGUCCUGUUAGCAGCAGAGUCGGGGGUGUACCAGAGUCCGGCAGCCAGCCCUCUGCUCACCGCCUCCCCACAGCCCGCCCUGAGCCCCCAGCUGCACCCACAGCAUGGGCCGGGGCCCGAGCAGGUUUCCCAGCCUGCCACGGUGCCUGAGGCCCAAAUAGCUGCUCCAAAGCCAGACUUGCUGCAAGGGCUAAAUCCCGAGCUGGCUGCUUUGAAGGAAAGCUCCAAUGCACACGAGCCCAUGAGCAGCAACGGCAAACAAGACCGAAGUAAACAGAGGCGGGCGUCCUGCCCCCGGCCGGACAAAGGGACCAAAUUCCAGCUCACUGUGCUGCAGGUGUCUGCGGCUGGGGAUAAUAUGGUCGAGUGCCAGCUGGAGACCCACAACAACAAGAUGGUCACCUUCAAGUUUGAUGCUGAUGGAGAUGCGCCCGAGGAUAUUGCUGAUUACAUGGUAGAAGAUAACUUUGUGCUGGAGAGUGAGAAGGAGAGGUUUGUGGAGGAGCUGAGAGCCAUUGUGUGCCAAGCUCAGGAGAUACUCCGAAGCCUGCCGGUGGAAGAGCGAGCGUCUGGCAACGAUUCCGUUCCCUCCGAGUCCAACAGCAGCCAAACAGGAUCGUCCGAGCAAGUUCAGAUAAAUCCUGCCUCCACUCAGACUGGAAACGAGUGCGCUCCUCAGUCCUCUCCAGUUGGCCGCUGGCGAUUCUGCAUCAAUCAGACAAUAAGGAACAGAGAGGGCCAGAUGCCGGGUGUUACCGGUCCGGACAAGGAGAAUGCUAAGGAGACAUACCCGCAGGGGGGGCUGCUGGCUGCUGAGAGCCAGGGUCCCAAUGCCAGCCCAAAGGACAGCACGGCACCAGAGUGCCCCGGCUCGAAACCUGAGCGGCUGGCGGAAGGAGACGCGGAGACACUCGUGCCUCUGUCUGCCAACGACAACUGGGCUGGGCCGGAGACUGGAGAGCCCCCUGCCCCACAGCCUGGCGACCGCCCGGUCGGCUUGGCAGUGGCCCACGCUGGUGAGCCGCCCCUCCUGGCCGAGGUCCCGGCGUCUGAAUGCCAGUCCCAGCAGCCUCCGCAAGAAGGAGACGCCUCUCUGAGCUCCAGCACCGGGCAGGUGCAGACGCCUGGCUCAGAACCGGCCCCUCUGCCCCCCUCGGUGCCAGAAUCUGACGGCGAGGGGCCACCCAAGAUGGAUUUUGUCGACAACCGAAUCAAAACCCUGGAUGAGAAGCUAAGGACGCUGCUCUACCCAGAGCACAGCUACUCCGAUAGCCAGAAGGACACGCAGAGCACGGAGUCCCCACUCUCCUCGGCCGAGGAUACGCUGUCCUGUGCUGGGCCGGAAGCGCCAGCCGCCGUCCCCUCCCCGGCAGAGUCCCAGGGGACUGACGCCUUCGAGGGGUCUCCGCUGCCCCCCGCCGAGGCUGCCAGCCAGCCUGCUGGCUCGCCAGCGCUGAGACAGGACCCCGAUAUCAUUACGGUCGCGCCCAGCGAACUCUGUCUGCAAGAGCUGUCCCCGGAGCCUUCCUCCCCGCCGAAACCCGAGGCCUGCCCCGCUGCAGUAGCCAGCAUCGGAGCCGUUCAUCUGCAGACAGGAGGUGGAUAUUUUGGCCUAAGCUUUACUUGCCCUAGUCUCAAAAACCCUAUUAGCAAGAAAUCCUGGACUCGCAAAUUAAAAAGCUGGGCGUUCAGGCUCCGGCAAUCCACCAGCUUUUUCAAGAGAUCCAAAGUCCGCCAAGCAGAGGCAGAGGAGACGAGGACGGAGGGGCCUGCCGAGCAGGCUGGGGCGAACGAAGCCAGUGGGAGGUGGAGAUCGGCUUCGGUGUCCUAUCAGCGAGGUCGCUUCCAGGUCACCUCCGUGCCGCAGCAGCCAGCUCCCUGCACUGCAGACGCCGGACCUGAUGCUGCCGGGCCGGAGGAGCCUCAGACGGACGAUCCAGGCACCCCCCCGCCGGGAGAGUCGCUCCUGUGGGCUGGCCCGGCCUGCGAGACCGAUGCCUCUUCCCUCACCCCAGAGCAGGAGCUGGAGGAGCUGUCGGCCACAGGGAGCAGCACAGAGCCGUGGGCCGAGGGGCCUGUCCUGAGGCAGCCCAGCUCCGAUAGUGAGCUGGGCCCCGAGGAAUCGGGAGAGACCCUGGGGUCUGGCAGGGACCACUGCCCCCCGCUGGCCGAGGACCGUGCCGGCCAUGGGGCCAUGCGCCGUAGUUCCCUCUUCCACUCGGCCUCCUCGCCCAUGAGCAGCGAUGACGAGUCUGAGCUCGAGGAUGAGGACCUGAAGGUGGAGCUGCAGCGGCUGCGGGAGAAACACGUCCAGGAGGUGGUGACGCUCCAGGCCCAGCAGAGCCGGGAGCUGCAGGAGCUGUACAAACGCCUGCACGCCCUCAAAGACAGCAAGCCUGAGCUGUCGGAGCUGUCCCUGCAGCCCGCCUCCCCCCGCCGGCCUCGCUCCUUCAGAAGCAAAUUGCGCAGCCGGCCUCAGGUCCUGACGCACGCCGAGAACUGUAUCGUCGCCACAGAGUGCUGCUGCACAACCACCGCCGCCUCCAUGAUUGACUAUCAGCUGAGCAUCCAGGCCCGCCUGCUGCAUCAGAGCUGUGCCCCGGGGGAGCCCAGCCCAGAGCAGCUAUGUGCUGUCAGUGGGACUGCCUCCUGCCAGCAGUCCCCGGCCAGCAAGAAGGGGAUGUUCACCGACGACUUGCACAAGCUGGUGGAUGACUGGACUAAGGAGGCGGUCGGGAACGCCCUCAUGAAACCCAGCCUGAACCAGAUCAAACAGAACCAGCACCGGCUGGAGGGGGACAGCUGGAGCAAAGCCUGCGAGAACACGUCCUCGUCAGUGGGCUACACAUCCACCUGGAUUUCCUCCCUCUCCCAGAUCCGCGGGACUGUGCCGGCCUCCUUGCCCCCCGGACUGGCCCUCCCGGCUUUCCCCAGCGUCCUGCCGCCCUACGGCAUGCCCCACGUCUGCCAGUACAACGCCAUGGCAGGGGCGGCUUACCCAAUGCAGUGGGUGGGUGUUUCGGGGAUGGCUCAGCAGUCGGUGGUCGUCCCCUCCCCGCCCAUCGGACCCUUCCAGCCUGGGGGCAGCAUGCUGGGAUUCCCGGCCUCCCCGGUCCCUAACCCAGCUACCAUCCCGCCUGGUCCCAAAUGAAGCCAGAGCAGGGAGCUGGAGGCAAACAGGGUGUUGUCGUACUCCCCCAUCGUGGCCUGCAAACCGUGUGGAUUCUGGUGUGGCUGACGCCCAGUCUGCCAGUGGAGGCGAUUUGGCUCAGCUAACAGUGACUUGUGGCACGGUUCCUAUCCUCCCGGAAUACUUGAUUUGAUUUGAUUUUUUUAACCAGCUUUGGUAAACUUGGCUCCUGCGUCUCAUGCUCCUGAGACGUGAUCGCUUCAGAAAGAAACCUCCAUUUCACCCCUCUCUGGCGGAGAAGCUGUCCGCCUGCAUCUUUUAAAUGGCAGACGUGAUGGUGGGGAGGAAUUUCUGAUUUGGUUUUUAAGUUAGGUGAUGGAAAAUGUGCUCCUAGAACUCACGUCGGUUUGAGCUGCGGCUGGGAAGUUUAGAAAGAAAAAAUGUUUUGAUCAGUGCAGCUAGCUUCUGCUGAGUUCUAAAGACCCUCCUUCCAACCCUGAGCCAGGAGGAUUGGGGACUGAAAAAAGGGUUUCCUUGAUCUCACCAAUCCUGUUGCUGUGUCAGGAAUAUCCUUGAGCCACUCAGGGCAGCUCCGUGCAAAGCCAGCAGCUAUUUCCUCGUUCCUCAUACGCACACUUCUUUGAUUUGAGCAGCUGAGAGAUGCUUGGGUAGUUGGGUGUUUCCUGUUGAAAUGAGUUCUGGUUUUGUUAUUUUUGCAGCAGACACGAGUCUCAGAGUGGGGGGGAGUUGCUGGGAGGGGGCUAUUUUAAAUCUCUUCCAAUCUCAGUCACCCCAUCUGGGACACAGAUUUGGAGGUGCAAAAUUAGACAGGGCAACAGGGCUGUGUGCACCUCUGUGCUGUAGAGAAUUUGGGAGCAAACGCAGUGAAUUGGGGUCUUACUUUAGCCCUGCUAAACCCUGUGCUUUUGCAGCUGCCCUCGUUUUGAAAAGCCUGCCUUUCAGAAGCACUGGCUUCCAAUGUUUUUCUAUCUUAGGCGCAUUUGAAAAUAUUGCCUCAAGUCCAUUUUUGAAAGGGACUUUUCCUGAUUUUCAAAGGAAGAAGCAGUUUAGCGGCUUAACUCAUUGAUUUCAAUCAAAUUUAUCCACCUAACCUGCUUAGUGCUUUGUGACUAUGCUGGUAGGCACCUGUUUGCAUCUUUACUCUCCUAAAUACCUUUGAAAAUCAGCUCCUACGUCUCUUUUGAAAAUGGCACUUCUGAAAAUUUCAUCCUGCGUCAUCCUGGCUUUGAUCUCAUAGCUCAUAUUUGACCCCUUUUGGGCUCUGAAAUCUUAAGCACAGCAACCUGAACAUGGGGGUCGACUUCGCGUUAUGAUCUGGAGCGCAUUCGAAACGGCUCACUUUCAGUUGGGUUUGUUUCUUUUUAAUAUUCUUUCCCUUUGCAACCUGCCUCCGAGGCCUGGGUUGUAGACUAGCACAUGUCCCCUGAUUGCAGCCCUGCAGUGGCUAUGCUUGGAGAGAGUGCUUUCAGAGAAAGAGACUAAUUGAGGCUAAUGGAGAUUUUUUUAGCUGAAGUUUGGUUUACGUGAAGUGCAGCAAAUCCUCUUUCUCCGUCUCACCUGAUGGACCCACUGACUCCAACACCGGUACCCAACUUGGCUUCAAUUCCUUAUUGUCUUUGCAAGGAUUUUAGCACAUGGGGUUGGGUUAGAUUUGUGGUAGGAACAGGGACUUAAUAUCACUUGCCAAAACUCAUCCCAUCUCCCCUUGGCGUUUCUGUCACGUGGCCUUUUCUGCAUCCUGAGUUUCAAACAGACAUUUCUUUGCCAGGUGGCUUUCAAGUCUGUUGGAUCUUGCAAGGCUGGGCCCUUUGUCAGAUAGGAACUUUUCAGAUGUGCCAAAUGCUUCUGCUCCACCCUGAAAGCUCCGCUUAGAACAGCAUUAGGAAUGGACCCAGGUAGAGGUGCAAACCCGGCCCCAUUCCAUGCUCCCCCCACCCCCCCUGCUUUGUCUGCCUGCAGCCACUUGCAUUGCCUUAUAACUGCUGUCUCCUAAGGUUUUUGUCAGAUUUUUACUGGGAAGGGCUGCAUGUCCGAGGGUGACUUGACACCAGUGGGUUUAACUUUUUUAUAGCGAACACGUGCAGAAAACAAACCCACACGCAGAUAGCGAGCGGCGUUUGUGAAGACCUGAGAACAGCGUUUCUCAUCUCCCUGGGAUUUUUUGGAUUUUUUUAAGACUUUUCAAUUGUUUUUUGGCUGGUUGUGUUCACUCCGUUAAAAACAAAUCUCAAACGGUGUAGGCACUUGGGCUACGAAGUCUGGUUUUGUUUUCCACUUGGAGGAGAGGGUGUUUGGAAAUGGGAGGUGCUUGGCCUUAGCUUUCUUCCUUUCCCCAAAGCACAGAUCUGCGAAACAGCCUUUGGUUUUCCGGUGGGAGGGGAAAUCAAGGGCUUGUCUGCUCUUGCAAGGCUGCAGCAGGAGGGAUUUUCUGUAGACCCAGGCCUAAGACUCCGAACUAGCUCUGGGACCUGAUUGUAACUGACACCAAAACCGGACAGAAAUCCGAGUGCUAUGCAGGUAGAGUGAAAGCACACCUUCGUGUGCACCUGUUGGUCUGGCUGUUCCCUUGAAGGACGAGGAGAAAGCUGUAGUGGUACAGCCGUGUCUACAGGAGGGACGGGGCUGGUACCCUGUCUGUAACUCACCCAGGGAGAGUGGUAUAAAAGCAGGUCUGGAGGAUGCUUUUGGCUUUGACCCUGCUAAUUGUGGAGCGCUCUGGCCCUGAUCCAGCAAAGCACAAGUUGAAGUGUAUGAGUAAUCAGGGACAGGAACAGUUAAUUGGGAAGAGUCCAUGCACAGACAGACCCUUAGUGACACUGGGAAUCUAGCCUUGAUUCAGGAAGGGUUUUAAACAGCAGAAGGGGAGGGUGUCCCAGAUCAGGGCCCAACAGCAGAAAUGGCUGCAGUUAGACCGGGAAAACACCUACUGUCUGUAUGGACCAGACGCUUGUGUCUGUUUCCUAGGGCAAACUACAAGUCCUUCGAAGACUGCAGUCCCUCCAGAUGUAUCCUCUCUAUCAUGAAGUGUCUGAGCAGCACGCUAGAAAUAGAUGCUGUAAAUCUGAUAACAAACCAAACCGCACCCCCAGCCCCCAAAGAGUCAGUAGCGGCGUUCCGUCUGUAUGGAACGGUUCAUCUUUUCGUUGGCUGUAAUGUAACAAGGAGCUUUCUGGGUCCCACGUGGCAUUUUUAUUUUCUAUCCAGCAUGAAGAAUUUGAAGGUGAUAAACAAAUGUGAAUUAUUAUUAUUAUUAUUAUUAUUUUUUUAAAGAGACAUUUUAUUUUCCUGCUGUGCCUCUUUCAGGUGGAAGUCUGCCAGGGUCAGCGUCCACUGUAACGAAUGGAUCAGUUUAAUAACGGGCUGGUUUGGGGUACAGUCUGCUGAACCUGGUGCUUUUUAUGUUUGCUCUUGGUUUUAUCUACCUCAUUUUUUUUAGUGCUGUUUGAAUCCAGCCUCCAAUUUCCCAAUGUUGCUUUAUUUCCACCCCUCGUCUUAUGGGACUUCAAAGUGACAUUUGAUCUUCCGUUUUCUCAGUUAAUUAUUUGUGUAGCGAUUGCAUUUGCUCUCUUGAGGCAAAUCCCCCCCCUUGAAUUCAGCUAGAUGAAUGAAAAUAUGAUUUAGACACUGCACCGUUGACCUGGGAUCUUUGGUAGCGCAUGUGAAAGCUGGAGCACCGAUCUGCCUUUCAGUAGCUACAAUUUGAAAAGCUUGUUUUAUCCACAGAAGCAUUGCUCAUGAAUUAUUUGUGUCCCUAAUUAAGCCAUCAAAAUAAGCCAAGCCACUGGCAUUGUUCCGCGGGGCGUGAUUCUUAACAGCCCUUUAAGGUGUUUUAUUUAAUAGUCGUUAAAAUGAUGCAUUCUGGGCUGUUUCAUUUCCGAAACCCAGCAGUCUGUCUGUCCUUCAUUUUACACGUUCUUACUCUGUAAAGGUGAAAUGUUUGGUGAAAACUAUGUUAACCUAAAAUACAUUUGGACUUUUGUUUUUUAA